AUGGCUGCCAUUGGCAUCGCUUCUAGGUCUACUUUUGUAGGCUCAAUCUUCAGAACCGCUACUAGACGAAGUUCGAUCUCAUCAAGAGCUAGAAUCUCCGUCCCGAACCCUAAUUCCCAGUCGUCGCAUUUCAACACUUCGCCUCUUCGUCAGACUCGAAUCGAAGCUUCGGUUUCCAGGUUUCUGCGGCGAGAACUAAGUACGCAUCAACCAUUUCACAGCACUGUCGCUGCCGCUUGCCUCGUUUCAAAGCUCCCUUCUGAUGUAACUUCCUAUGAAGGUAGAUUUGCAAACUAUCUCAGUCCCAUCUAG